AUGCGAAGCUCUCUAAGAAUAUCUCCAGCGCCUUUUAAAUCUUCUUUCUUGUCGAUUCCACCAUCGCCCUUCUCACCACGUACACCCCUCACACCCACAGUACCAUUGCAACGAUCAGUUCAGAAAGAUAGCCAGCAAAGUUCAAAAACGGGCACAAAAUCUACGGAAAAUUUACCACCGACCCCGUUACCUUGGACCUGGACAUGUCACCAGUGUCAUUGUAGCUACCGCUUGAAUGUCACAAGGCGUUGUCUACAAGACGGACAUUAUUAUUGUAGCGGCACAACCACUGUAAAGGCAUGGCGACAAUCAGCCCAUGUACGACGCACAAAGAAACAUGGUGCCUGUAAUAGCGAAUUCGACUAUUCUGGCUGGAAGAACUGGAGCAGAUGGCGAAGAGACGGUCCCAGGAACAAAGCCGCUCUGGUCACUGACUUGCCUGCUGACACAGAAGAUGGAGAUAUUACGACAAAGAAGAAAGACUGCUGGAACACGUGUGACUACCCAUCCGAGUGUAAAUGGGGAAAGAAAUUCGGCAUACAUACGCCUGUAGAAACUGGCUUCCCGGUUGUUGAAGCUGAUGCCAAGCCAGCACUCAAUUCUCUUGCCGAUACAACCUUAAAAGGCAACCCCACAACUGAGAACUAUGAGGACGCCAAGACUCUGAGAAAGAGUGGGACUCUGAACCUUUGGACUGCUCUGGUAGCGAGCGUAGAGAGGAGGAAGAACGGUAGUGUGCGUCUUUCUUCACCACUCUCUGUUAUCACGCAAGGAGAGACGGCGAGAAAACGAGCUGGCAAGACCGCUUUAUCACCCCAAGAAAACAAAGGCAAUAUGAUCAUAGCCGUCACAGAAUUAUCGGUUCUGGGCACCACAAGUGACUCAACUCUAUUUGAUAGCUCUGAUUCUUCAACAGCCGGAGAUUCUUUCAAACCCUUGUUGAGUAGGAGGAGGUAUCGUCGUACAACCUCUUCUCCCAAGACACGCGCUAACAGCGAUGCGAAGCGGGUGAAAGUUACCUAUAGUACAUCAAAAUCCGACACACAUGGUAUUUUGGGCGAUUUGGGGGUAUUAGACAGCGAUUUUGCGCCGUUGACGAGAGUGCAGAGUAGAUAUAGUGGGUAUCAGACCUGCUAUGUAUGA